CCGUGUAGGAGAGAGGGUUACAGGGUGAGGAAGAAGAAGAAGCAGUGAGAAAAAGUUUGGAAAAGACAGAAAAAGAGGGUGUGAGGAAGGAAAGUAAGGUCUCUCAGACUGAGAGCUGGAGUGGAAGAGGAGAAACAAACGACAGGAAGGAAGAGGAGGAGAGUGGAGAGCGAGCUGGAGAAAAGUUUUCUGUGGGAAGCUUCAGAUGAGGAAAACAGAGCCAGCGAAUGACUGGGCUGCGGAGGGCUGCGGGGGGAGGAAGCCACUGCUUUUCUAAGGCGUUUUCUCCACCAGUGUCAGGAUUUCUUUGGACAUGUACACAGAAGGCGCCCAGACGACGGGACACCGCCGCUUCCUUCAGGACCACGGCUCCAAGGCCCCCGUCCACUGCCCCUGCCAGCACUGCGCCCGCCGAGAGCCGCCGCUCGACCGCCACGGCGGGCCGGAACGCCAGCCGGCGCCCGCCCGGCGGCCGGACCGCCGUUCGGACUGCAGGAGAGACGUUCAGGCGCCAUGGGCGAAGGACGCAGGGGGCGGGGCUUCGGAGAGCCACCGCAGCCCCCAGAGGAGGCCCGUGUUCGCCUGGCCGGGGCCACACCUGGACCGCCUGGACCCGGUUUACCCCUGGGAGCUGAUCCCUGCCCAGUGGAAGCACCCGGCCGAGCCCGGACCCCAUCACUGCGCCUGUGUGGCACGCCCCUGUAACGCCGGGAUACCACAUCCUCUUCCUCAUCUGCAGGUCAAAGGUCAGGACCACCGGCUCAGGAGGACCGUCAGAUAUGUGUCCGUGGAGGAGGAGCGUCAUUCGGACCACCACGGUCCCCCGCCGGGUCCGUGGCUCGCCCUGAACGGACACUGUGAGCCCAAGGGGGGGCAGGAAAGAGAUAAGCAUCACGACCGGGGAAGACCCAGGGCCGGGUCACAGGAAGCCUUUAAUGGAUGUGCCGCGCCUCGUAACGGCUUCUUCCCCACCGAGGUCCCGCAGAAUCACCUCAGUCAGAGCAGACGGACGGCCGCCCCCCCGGACGCCGGGUCCGAGCCCCGUCCCCCGGGUCCGGAGCUGCCGAAGAGGACCAAGCAGGACUCAGUCAGGGAGCAGAUCAGACAAGUGGUGACAGAUCUGGAGGACGUGCUGGGGGGGCUGAAGCAGGUUCACAGCGAGAUGAAAGAGGUGGUGGAGCAGAUCGAUCGUCUCACAGCCACUAUCGACCUCGGCGAAGACACUCCCUCCUCGGCACGCCUCGGAGAGUCACGCUCGGCCCCGCCGCCCAAUCACAGACCGGCGCCGUCCGAGGACCGGGACCGCAUCAUCCUCCGGACCAACGCUCCGUCCCCCGUCCACAUGGCGGCGGUGGUCAAAACCAGAGGAUUCACUCCGCUGAGUCUCAGCCACGACAGGCCGGGCGCCAACGGCCACCCGCCUCACCUGCACGCCCUCAGAGACUCCGCCCCCACGGGCCCAGAGCCCCGCCCACAUACAUUAGACCCCCAGGUCAUCGUCGGGAACAGCACCUCCAACCCCAGAACUCAGAAGCCUCCGCCGUACCCCCAGAACGGGCGGUGUGUGAAGGGCGCCGUGAGGACCCCCGCCUCGGCCGGGAGGGGCCGCGUGGUGUGAAGGGGGGCGGCGGUCCUCCCCGGAGCCGCCGGGGCCUGAAACACCAGACUCUGCUGCAGGUCGACGUCACAGACGACCCGGCGGGAAACAAGCCACGUGACUCCAGCCAGUGGAGGACUCCACGGUGCGGCACAUGACGGAGCGGCGCCACCUGCUGGAGGUUCCGCAUGAAAUCAGCUAUAAAAUCUUUUUUGAGAGCCGUUUGGAGACGAGCUGAGCUCGUGUGUUGAAUGUUCAGAUUUCUACCUGCAUGUUUUCCGCUGCAGUCACUGUUCAGCCUGAAGGUACAUGGUGUGACCUGCAGGGGGCGAUCUGCAGCAGGAGACGGGAGGGACAAUCCAGGACAUGUUUUCAACAAGCGAUGUGAUGAAACUGUUUGUAUCAGGACCGUCACACAACAAUCUCAUCCUGACUGACACCCAAUAAACUUUAUAUU